GCAGUAUUGCGCUCACUUAGUGAAGGUACUUGCAGUGAGCCCAGCGGUUUCGAGUGGAAAUAAUUUGAAAAUCGGAGUCGAAGACGUUGCGGGCUAUUAGGGGGCUUCCUCAAACGCAAAUCGAUCAAAUAGAUUUUUCAGUACCCAUUGAUGUGCGCAGGGUCCGCUGGUGAGUCUGUGAGUUGCGCUGCCUCUACACAGCGUAAGAUACUCUCCAACAAUUGGGAAAGCUAAUUUUCCUUAGCCAGUUUGUGCGUGCAUCGGUGUCCAUAUAGUGCCUCUAAAGUGCCAAGUGGGUUCCACCAACUAAUUAGAAGUUUAAGGAAGAGCCUCAAUUAUGGGCAGUUGAAAAAACAAUUAAUUUACAUAAAAAUAGCCUUUCGACAACCUCUUGUGAGAUGGUGUAGUGCGCGGUGGUAGUUGACGGUAUUCACGCGCUUCGCUAGUACGUUGGCGCGACCACUUCCGUCUCUCGAUUUAUAUCUGAUAUUACGAAUGCAUGUCGGAGUGUCUACAAGCAAAAUGCAACGUGAAAUGUCCUAAGGUGGGAACGGGUACGGGUACGGGUACGGUCAUCAAGAAAGCCCUGCCGGAUCGUAUAAGUGCAGUAGAUGCCACAGAUUAGAGUAUAUUGAGGUCAAGAAUCUCAGAUCUAUAAUUAUUUAUGAGCGAGAGAAUCGAAGGAAGCACUAGAACAGAGAAAACAUCCCCUUCAGCUUUGGGCUUGCAAAGUGAAGACUUCUAAAAAUAUGCUUGUCAAAACUUAUAUAUUUCGAAGGUUACGUUUGUUUUUUAGGAUGGCACUGGCCGUGUCCCUUCGCAAGGCACUGAUGGUGCUGCUGGCCACAAUGAUAGUCAUUCUCAUGCUAUUCUAUUGGAACCAGUCAAACCUGAAGCCUACAUCCUUCAUCAGCACUUUUGAGAAGUCCAUUAAAAAUAGACUAGCAUCAUCUUACCUUCUUUCGUUGCCUACUGAAAAAACGUGGACAUACAAAUGCGAAGGAGACAAGUGCGUCCGGCAUCACUAUCUGACGGAAAUUAAAAAUGAGAAACGUGUCCCUUUUAUGACGUGCUCCAUGACUUGCGGUGACAUCAAUAUAUGGCCUCAUCCAACUAUUAAAUCUGCCUUCAGUUCGAAAUCGAUACGUUUCACCGCUGAAGAUGUUCAAUUACGAAUCAAUACACCUUUCGAUCAAGUGGAGAGUCUAUUUCGUGAUGCUUUUACAAUAUUUUUACACGAUUUAAGGCAUAUUGAGAAACUUCAAGAAAUUGAAACGGGAAACGGUGGUAAUGGCGGUGAUGCAAACUCGCCAGGAUCCACCAGUACCGGGACGGGCGCGAGUGGCAGUGUUAGUGGGAAUAAUAAUGAAAUUACUGCGAUUAAUACGAAAAUUAAUGAAAAAGUACAUAAUUUUUUUAGUAGACGUAAGAAGCACUGUGAUAUUGAUAACUUCAUAGUUGAGGUUGAUAUUAGGAAAUCGAAUGAUAUUAAUUUAAAUUUUGAGACUGAUGAGAGCUACAAUAUAACGUCGACAUAUGAGCGACGGAAAAUGACAGUGAAAAUCGAGGCCAAUUCCUUUUUUGGAGCGCGCCAUGGACUCACAACCCUUCAGCAAAUGGUCUGGUACGAUGAUGAGGAUGAAUUGUUACGUAUUAUCUCGAAAUCUCUCGUAUAUGAUGCGCCAAAGUUUAAAUAUCGUGGCCUUAUGUUGGAUACGUCACGCCACUAUUUCUCGGUUGAAUCGAUAAAACGGACGUUGGCCGGAAUGUCGUAUGCGAAAUUGAAUCGAUUCCAUUGGCACCUGACUGACUCGCAGAGUUUCCCCUUCGUCUCGAAAUACUAUCCGGAAUUGGCGGCCCACGGUGCCUAUUCGGAACGUGAGACCUAUACAAGUGAUGAUGUCAAGGAAAUUGUGUCAUACGCCAAAGUCCGUGGUAUUCAGGUAAUACCUGAAAUCGAUGCACCCGCUCAUGCUGGCAACGGUUGGGACUGGGGACCAAAACGAGGUCUAGGCGAAUUAAGUUUGUGCAUUAAUCAACAGCCGUGGAGUUUCUACUGCGGUGAACCACCAUGUGGCCAACUUAAUCCCCGAAAUAAUAAUACGUUCCUCAUUCUGCAACGACUCUAUGAGGAGCUAGUGAACUUAACAGGGACCACAGACUACUUUCAUUUGGGGGGUGAUGAGGUGAACUUAGAAUGCUGGGGUCAAUACUUCAAUGACACGGAUCUUCGUGGAAUGUGGUGUGAUUUCAUGUUGCAAGCACUUAAUAGAUUGAAAAUUGCCAACAAAAAUGUAACUCCACGAUAUAUAGCAGUUUGGUCGAGUGGUUUGACCAACUCAAAGUGUCUUCCAAAAUCACAAUUUGCGGUACAAGUUUGGGGUGGUAGUACAUGGCAGGAGAAUACUGAUCUUCUCGAUAACGGUUUCAAUUUAAUAAUAUCACACGUGGAUGCAUGGUACUUAGAUUGUGGAUUCGGUAGCUGGCGAUCGACCGGAGAGGCAGCAUGCUCGCCCUAUCGAACAUGGCAAAAUGUAUAUAAACAUCGCCCAUGGGAAAGGAUGCGCUUAGAUAGACAAAGGAUGAAACAGAUUCUGGGUGGUGAAGCUUGUCUGUGGACAGAGCAAGUUGAUGAAGCUGCAUUAGAUACUCGAUUGUGGCCUAGAGCAGCAGCGUUGGGAGAAAGACUUUGGACGGAUCCCGAUGAUGAACGCGAUAUGGAUGCUGUACCACGUGAAGUGUUCGGUCGUAUGGCGGUAUUCCGUAAUCGACUAGUGGAAUUAGGUAUCAAAGCAGAGCCAAUAUUCCCAAAGUAUUGCGCACAAAACCCAGGCGAAUGUGUAUGA